AUGUCCCGUAGUAGCAAUGGUCUGUCGCCCGUAUCUUCUGGAAUCGACAGCAUCAGCCCCUUCCCCCUGUUGGAAGAGGACGAGAAUGAUGCUCUCGAAACACCAACCGUCAACGAUGAAGACGACGACGUGCUACACAUGAAGUCCGCGCCACUGCGCAGCCGCGCCGGUACAGCACACUCUACGAUACGCACAAGCUCUUCAUCAGACGCAGUGUCGCCGAAAACCGAGCCAGAACCGGAAUCAUCAACAGACGCGAAAGACGCUACCGCGCGACCGGUUUUAUCGCCUAGCAUUGAGGUCCAAGAAGGCUCGGAUGCCGAGUUUCAGUCACAGUACUACCUGGAAAAUGAGCCUCUGGGGGAUGUAGAAGGCGAGGCUCUCGACUCAACCGGGGAAGAAUUCAAUGACGAAGACGAUGAGAGCAGCGACGAAGACCAUGCUGAUGAGGAUGGCAACAAUGGCGUUAAUAUGCAUCGACGUUUUAUGCAAUCCUCAUCGUCCUUAUCAGGACCGAAUGCAUUUGCACCGCCGUUCUACAAUCGACCGCCCACUCCACUACCACCAUCUCCGUCUUUGACCUCGUUACUGCGGCCACCUUUCUCAACAACGACGUCGAGGCCCACGACACCCGAUACCUCUGAUGCUGAGACACCCAACGACACCGAGGCAACAGUCGCAAAAUCCGCGAGAAUCGCAACAACAGUGCCCAGGGCGAGUCCGAAAGUGCCGACCUACGAAUAUUAUGGGUUUGUGCUUUACCUUACAUCUUCCCUCGCGUUUUUAAUGUAUCUUCUAUGGUCGUAUCUUCCCUCUCCGUUCUUGCAUCAGCUCGGCAUCUACUAUUAUCCGAAUCGAUGGUGGUCUCUUGCCAUACCCGCAUGGCUUGUGAUGACGCUGGUCUAUAUAUACGUUGCUCUGGCAUGCUACAACACCGGAUAUCUGACGCUCCCGAUGACAUCUAUUGAAAACAUUGUUGACGAGGCUGCCAACAUAGCCGUCAUUGAUGGCAAAGGGCGACGCCGGCCUGGUGGCAGCGAGAAAAUGAAGCCCGGCUCAGCAACUAGCCAGGCCAUGCCCGCGGCGCAAAACCGAAGGAUGCACGCAUCAUCCAGCAGCAAUGGUGGCGGGGGAGGCAUCCUGUGGAAAGAGGUCUGGGCGGAGAGUACAGAUGCAGUUAUGGAUAUACCAGUGGGCGGGGUGUGCGAAGUUUUGUACGGCAAGGACCGAGAGGAGGACCCGGCCCUCGUGCAACGCGAAUUGGAAGAAGGCGAUGAUCAGUCUCAUUACUCUCGAUACACUCGCUUUCGACGCCGGGAUAUUUCGCCCUACGAAGACUCCCUCAGGUACCGAGCGGCCGAAUACUCGUCUCUCGCCACUGGAGCUGUGCGUCCCUGGUAA